GUCUCGUUCGUCAAGCUCCGUGUUAUCCGUUUUUCGCGCAAAAAACAACAACCAACUGCCAAAUUCAAAAUGUUUUAACAGAAAACUUAAUUCAAAGAACUCGCCGCCACGAAAAUUAGUGGGAAAUAGAUAUAGCAUUUCGCGCGUGUUCCGAUCGCGUUUAGUUUUGUUAACAAUUUAUAAAGGAAUUAUAAUAAAAUUUCAAACAUGGGUUUAUCGGAUAUACCAGCCAACUACAUGCAGGGCAGCCAUCCCCACCUGAGCCACCAUGCAUCCCAGCAGCACCACCUGCACCAGCACCAGCAGAAUCUUCACCAGCAACAGCUCCACAAUGCGGCUCCCACGCCCGCCCAGCAGGCCGCCCAGGUGCUGGCCAUGGAGAGCAACGAGCUCCUGAUGUCCACCAAGGAGAAGCUGUCGAGCAAAAAGAAGAUGCACUUGCUCAAGAAGAUCAAGAAGCGUUUUGGAUUGGUUCGCCGCUCGCCUUCAUCCUGCCCUGGUCCCAACAACCUGCCACCCCUGCAAUUCCACAGCGUCCAUGGCGACAAUAUCCGGAUUUCGCGGGACGGAACCCUGGCCCGCCGCUUCGAGAGCUUCUGCCGGGCCAUCACCUUCUCCGCCCGUCCAGUGCGCAUCAACGAGAGGAUCUGCGUGAAGUUUGCGGAGAUCUCCAACAACUGGAACGGAGGCAUCCGAUUCGGUUUCACCAGCAACGACCCGGCCACGCUGGAGGGAUCCCUGCCCAAGUAUGCCUGUCCGGAUCUGACCAACCGCCCUGGGUUCUGGGCCAAGGCACUGCACGAACAGUACUGCGAGAAGGACAACAUCCUGUACUACUAUGUGAACGGCGCCGGGGAUGUGAUCUAUGGGAUCAACAACGAGGAGAAGGGUGUGAUAUUGUCGGGAAUCGACACUAGGGCUCUCCUGUGGACUGUGAUCGACAUCUAUGGCAACUGUACGGGCAUAGAGUUCCUGGACUCCCGAAUUUACAUGUACCAGCAGCAGCCGGCCACCAUGGCACUGACCACUCAACCUGCGCCCGCCCAACUGCAGCAGCUCGCCCAGCCCGCUGUGAACACUGCCUCUACCCUGAAUCCGCAUCACCCGCACCAGCAAUCUCGCCGUUCCCUGCCCGGCCACAGUGGCGCCAUCGAGCACGAACUGGAGCGCCACGUGAUGCCAUCCCUGCAGUCGCUGCACUUGGCCGGCAAUGCCAAUGGCACUGUUUCCAGCGUGGAACAGGCAGCCAUCGCCCACGACCUGGCCAAUGGACUGCCUCCGCUACGCUACAAUGCCAACGGACGUCUGAUCCCGGUUCCGUUCCACAACACGAAGGGUAGGAACGUGCGGCUCUCGCACGACCGCUUCGUGGCCUCCCGCACGGAAUCCGACUUUUGCCAGGGAUACGUUUUCACGGCCCGACCCAUUCGCAUUGGCGAGAAACUCAUCGUGCAGGUCCUCAAGACGGAGCAGAUGUAUGUGGGGGCACUGGCUCUGGGCCUGACCUCCUGCAAUCCGGCCAUGCUGCAGCCCAAUGAUCUGCCCAACGACUCGGACUUCCUGCUGGACCGUCCUGAGUACUGGGUGGUGAGCAAGGAUAUUGCCGCUGCCCCGCAGCGAGGGGACGAGAUCGCCUUCUUUGUGGCCCCCAACGGGGAGGUGAGCAUCAGCAAGAACAACGGACCCGCGGUCGUGGUCAUGCACGUGGAUCAGUCCCUCCAGCUGUGGGCCUUCCUGGACGUCUACGGCUCUACUCAGUCCCUGCGUAUGUUCCGCCAGCAGCUGCCCAACAUGGUGGCGUACCCGUCUCAGCCUCAGGUGAAUGUGAACGCCAGCAGUUCCUCAGCCUGCGCCGCCUCCACAUCCCGCAUGCUUCCCAUGACUGAGUCGAUGAGCAGCCUGAACGCCGGUGCCACCGCCAAGCUGUUGCACCAUCCCUCCCAGCUGAGCAUCGCCCAGAGCACGAGCACCUUGGCCUCGGCCGGUGGUGCCAACGGCAGCCGGAUGAUCAGCAUGCCGUCCAACGGGGACAUCCUCCAGAUUCAGCCGAAUGGAGGUGGCACCGUUCUCGUCGUAAACCUGCCCCCAGCCAGCAGUUCCCAUGAUAUCAACGGGCAGAUCAAUGCCCGGCCGACGGCCACGGUGAGCUCAAGCGGAAUUCUGGCCGGAGCCUGCUCCGGUGGUACCCUCAUUAGCACCACCAGCAGUCAGUACAUUGAGCCUGUUGCCAAUAGCACGAAUAACGCGGCCAACAAGUGGAAGGACAGCCUGAGCGACCAGCAGAGCACGGAUUCGGGCGCCGAGUGCACCAUCUGCUACGAGAACCCCAUUGAUUCCGUGCUGUACAUGUGCGGACACAUGUGCAUGUGCUACGACUGCGCCAUCGAGCAGUGGCGGGGAGUGGGCGGCGGCCAGUGCCCGCUCUGCCGUGCGGUAAUCCGCGACGUCAUCCGCACCUACACCACGUAGGAUCUGCGGAGAAGCAAGUCGGACAAGUUUCCUAACCAACCAACCGUUACUCGCAAUGAAAUCGACUACGAAAACCACACACCACACACACAAGUUAUUGCAUUUUGAUAGAAAUGGAGCGCAAACUAAAUAUUUUAACGGGAGAGAACGAUGCGUUAUAUUUGAAGAAGACUACUAAACUGAAUGGGAUAGUUUUAACACUUAGUUUAGGAUACAAAAUUAUCACCCUAUUUAUGCUCUAUCAUUUAUACGUAUAUGUUUAAUUUUUUUGUGAUCUUACGAGUAAGUGCGCCCGUGCCCGCGAGCCAAAACUACGAUGUAUGUAUGUUCUAACCUAACCAAUCGAUUUCGAGAUUUUUCGUUUUUAAAUUUUUUUCAAACUCAUGAGACGCGCGAUAUUGCGCACUGCAUACUAUGUUACCAAAGUAUUGUGUAGGAACUAAAUGUAUUUUGAAUUAGAAUUGUCGAGUUGUUGCAAAUUUACUUAGUUUUUCUUUAUGUCAAAAUUCAAAAUUAAAAUAUAAUGAUUCUUUAUUUGGCGAAUAAUCAUUCUGGUGCUAAAUGUUAUGAAUUGCAAUCUAAAAUUGUUAGUGGAUUUGAAAAGUUAUGUUUAAGCUUGCAGCAACUAUUGGAUAACGAACAGUUUCUAAAUUACAUCUCAAUUGAUAUCUCCUUUUGACAAAAAUAUAGAAUACAAGCCACUUAAUGACCACACUUUCCGGAAGGGAAAAGCUUAAUUUCUGCGCCAUGGAAAUGCAGAACGCCACUCAAGUAGAAGCACAAAAUGUUGAAGAGAUUCAGAUCAGAAGAAUACUUAUGCACGAACACCAAAAUAAAAACAAACACUAAAAAUGUCAAAAGCGUGUUGAAAGCUAAUGUUAGUUUAGUCCUAAGUACUUAAGUUAAUUUCUAGUCAACGAAUUAUGCUGAAGUUUAAUCUAGACCGGGACUUCAUCCAAAGCCCUUGCGAACUACGAACAAAACAUAAAACACCACACAAAAGACGUAUUAAGCACGCUAAGCAA